AAAGGGCGGUUGUAGCUAGUCAUCUAAAGUGACAUGUAAUAUGACAAUAAUGUAAUAGGUGAUAUUGUGUUUAUUACCAUCAACAUUAUGUCUAAAAAAAGAGGAAGCAGGGUAAGAAGGAAAGGUCGACACUCAAUAUGCUUUCAUCGGUCUCCGAACAACUACGGAAAGAAACGAAGUUUGACUCGGGAGCACUGUCCUCAGGAAACAUGGCGGCCAAAGCGCUUCGGCAGCGCAGCAGGCGAGGCAGCAAACAGAAUGAUGCGAAUAACGUGAACGUCUCCACCGAUGCUCGAACACAAAAGGAGGAGAAAGGAGGGGAGGACAGUAAAACCACAGAGAUCCGACAAGAGUCAGUAGGUCGUGGGGGUCAGGUCUGGGCUCCAGAGGGCUCCACAGCAUUUAAAUGCCUCCUCUCUGCACGUUUCUGUGCAGCUUUGCUCAGCAACAUCUCAGACUGCGACGAGACCUUCAACUACUGGGAGCCUAUGCACUACCUGUUGUACGGCACAGGGAUGCAAACAUGGGAAUAUUCUCCCUUGUACGCCAUCAGGUCUUAUGCUUACCUGUGGUUGCUUCCUGCGUAUCUACACGCCCACGUUCUCCAGACCAACAAAGUGCUGGUCUUCUACUUUGUGCGAUGCGUCCUGGCGUUCUCCUGCUGUGUUUGUGAACUAUAUUUUUACAAGGCUGUUUGUAAAAAGUUUGGCUUGCACGUCGGACGCCUGAUGUUGGCCUUCCUUGUUCUGGGCACAGGAAUGUUCUGCUCAGCUGCAGCUUUCCUGCCAUCGUCUUUCUGUAUGUAUACAACCCUGAUUGCGAUGACGGGGUGGUUUCAGGACUCACCUCCUUUAGCUAUUUUUGGAGUCGCUGCUGGUGCCAUCGUUGGAUGGCCCUUCUCAGCUCUGAUUGGAAUCCCAAUCGCAUUUGAUCUGCUGUUGUUGAAGAGGCAGUGGAAGAGUUUUAUCAUGUGGUCCAUUCUGGCUCUGCUCCUGCUGCUGCUCCCCCUGAUGGCAGUCGACUCUUUGUUUUAUGGAAAACUGGUCAUCGCUCCACUCAAUAUCCUGUUGUAUAACGUCUUCACACCACAUGGACCGGACCUUUAUGGCACAGAGCCGUGGCAUUUCUACUUUCUGAACGGGAUUCUGAACUUCAAUCUGGUUUUUGCUCUGGCACUGUUUGCACUUCCACUUACUGCCCUCAUGGAGACGCUGUUACACAGGUUUAAUGUGCAGAAUCUGGGCCGUCCUUACUGGCUGACUCUGUCUCCCAUGUAUCUGUGGAUGUUGGUUUUCUUCACCAGACCACAUAAAGAAGAACGUUUCCUCUUUCCCAUCUACCCUCUCAUCUGCCUCAGUGGAGCAGUUGCCCUCUCUUCCCUCCAGAAAUGCUACCACUUCCUGUUCCAGCGAUAUCGACUGGAACAUUACACUGUUUCCUCAAACUGGUUGGCUCUAAGUGCAGUUGUGGUCUUUGCAGUGUUGUCCCUGUCUCGCUCUGUCGCCCUCUUCAGGGGUUACCACGCUCCUCUGGAUCUAUAUCCAGAGUUUCACCGCAUUGCCAAAGAUCCAACUCUUCACUCGGUCCCUGAAGGCCGACCAGUCAAUGUAUGUGUGGGAAAAGAGUGGUAUCGCUUCCCGAGCAGCUUCCUGCUGCCAAACAAUUGGCAGCUGCAUUUCAUCCAGUCUGAGUUUAGAGGGCAGCUGCCGCAACCCUACGCCUCUGGUGCUCUGGCCACACGGAUGAUCCCUGAACACAUGAACGACCAGAACCUGGAGGAGCCGACCAGAUACGUGGAUUUGCGACACUGCCACUAUUUAGUCGACCUGGACACGGAGGAAGAGACUCCGCUUGAGCCGCGUUAUUCAUCGAACAAAGAGGAGUGGAGCAUCAUUGCCUUUAAGCCUUUUCUUCAAACGUCAAGGUCUUCUCCUCUCUUCAGGGCAUUCUACGUUCCACUUAUAUCUGACCAUCACACCACCUACAGGCGCUACGUUAUCUUGAAACCUCGGCGGCAGAAGCAGCCACGUAAGCGUGCCCAUGGCUGAACUUUGCCCCUCAGGCUGGUGCAAAAAUGCAAGUGGAAAAAAACAUUGCAGAAUCCUGACAUGAGAACUCGAUCUCCUGCUGUCAGUGUUUGUGUGACUGUUGGACGUGUGUGCAUGCUGACGUUGUUGAAGUAUUCAUCUCAUGAAUCAUGUAAAGAUUUCAGACCCUUUAAGGAUGUGAAGUGAGAGGUAAAGAAUGUGUGUGUGUGUGGAGAGAAAGUAUGUGUGUGUGUGCAGAGUGCAGGAUUUAACGUUUACGUGAAUAUGGACAGGCUUUUUUCGUA